CGAUCGUGCAUGAGAAGAUACCGUAGAUGAUGGCUGUAAAAGCCAUCUCCUUCAGAUCAAAUCAAUCAUUGUGCACGACCACACAUCAGAUCCUGCAACCUGGUCCUUUCUUCGCUGAUCUGCUCUCGCAAACACCGUUGUUGCGGCGCUUGUCCCGAGAUUUACCUGCUUGUUUUCUGUCACUCACGCAGAAACACUUGCGCAGAACGGGUCGAUUACCAUGUUACGGCACAGUGCCAGCAUCGUAAACCCUUGCUGCGAAGCAUGAGCUUCAGCAAUACUCCCAAUCCCGACCUGCCCACGUCAAACACGAGCUCGAGAAGCUUCCUUCCACCCCCUCGUCAGAUUCGUUUCGUCUCGACCGAUGGCCAACCGCACACCAAGAGGAGGCGCAUAAAUGCUGCUUGUUUGACAUGUCGCAAGAGAAAGACACGCUGCUCGGGCGAGCGCCCGGAAUGCAAAACGUGCACUGAGAACGGGCACGACUGUUCGGGCUAUGCAGAUCAUCGGUCGGGUCAUUCAGAAGGUGAGAAGACUGAACAUGAUGGGGAGGAGGAAGUCGCGCCGGGUUUCUCAACCCCUCAGAAGCCGUCAAAGGAUGUAGAAACUGCAAUGUAUCCGCAUCUGAGCGCAAAUGAUCAUCGUUCUGCGCGCAACAUUCCAGUAAUAGGAGCGGGAGACAGGGGCGACCCUGGUGAGAUCAAGAGCCCAGGUAGCAGUCACACCGGAAGCAGCUCGACGUCGGCGAGAAAUCGAGUCCCAUACUUUCGCUAUUUUGGUCCAACCGCCAUUGUACCUGGCUUCAAGCAGAUGGUCGUCCAGGUAAAAGACCACCGAAGAAGCUUGCCGUCUGUGUCUGGAGAUUCACCGACAUCUGGACAGCAGGCCGACUCGAAUUCAGCAGUUGGUCAGGAAAACCCGCCUGUGGAGAUCCCAUUCUAUGAUGCUACGGAUCCUGAACCAAAUGCUCCGUUGGUAACUCAUCUUUGUGAGACAUUCUUCUCUCAUUUGGGCUGCAAUUAUCCCUUCCUUCAGCGAGAGAGGUUCUUGAAGGACUUGGAAGACAAGAAGGUCGAUGCUAUCUUGGUCGAUGCUGUCUGUGCUGUGGCUGCUCGAUUCUCCCCUAGUCCUCUGCUUUGCCAAUCGAACGACACGUCGGUCCCUCUGGACGCCGAAAACAAUGUGAGAAGAGCUUUUCGUGGCCACCCUUUUGCUCAAAGAGCUAUGGCUGCUGUCGUUGACACUUUCUCAUGCCCGACUAUGGCAGUCGCUCAGGCUUGCUUGCUGCUAGCCUACGAGGAGUUUGGUACAGAUCACGACAGCGGACUAUGGAUGUACCUAGGUACUGCAAUAAGGAUGGCGCAAGAUCUCGGUAUCCAGAAGCUUGAAGGCUUACAACUAGAAGGCCGAAUCGGACCUACACCCAAAACCGCAAAGCAUGGUCAAGAAGGCAAAGCUGAGGAAGGGAGGAGGUUCGAACAACAGCAAAUGCUGUCGCAGAAUCUCUCUCACAAAGACGGUGCGCAGCUCGAUGACAGGCGCGCAAGCGAGCGGGAGCGGAUCGAUACCUUCUGGGCAAUAUUCUUCCUUGACCGGGCUGUGUCGUCCGGUGUCGGGCGACCCGUCACUUUGCGAGACAAAGACAUUGAAAUCUCGUUUCCUUACCGGCCAAAUGAGUCAAUGAUUGAAGGUUACCCUGAUCCAUUUCCAGCCAUGAUCAAGAUCGUUCAUAUGUACGGACGGGUUGCCGAUGUGCUUAACAACAUCAAGGAAGUGAGUCAAGUAACGCCAGAAGUACUGAAGCGUUUGGCGAGCAUGGAAAGAGACCUUACAGGCAUUUAUCAACGUCUGUCGCCAAAGUUGCACUUCAACGCGACGAAUUUUCAGCACUAUGUCAAGGCUGGUCAUGGCACCAAUUUCAUCUUGCUACAUUUUUGGUUCCAUACGUUGAUCGUACUGGUUCAUCAACCGACACUGUUGCAUUCUUUCGAAGGACGGAUUCAACAACUCUUCCCCGACAGCAGAGAGUUGUCUAUGUCUUCAGCAAAGACAAUUGCGGACAUACUUGCCUUCGCAGAGCUCAUCGAUGUCAAGAGCUUCAUUGGUAAUCCUUUCACGAGUCAGCCAAUGUACGUUGCCGCGUGCGCCUUUCUCGCAGAGGCUGCUGCGCAUAAUUCACAACCUCCCUCUCGGGCAGCAUCGCCACCUGCAAAUGGGCUCCAGCCAAGGGUGAAGCAAGAAGGUGCCUCUCAGAAGAAUCAGUCGGAACAUAGAGCAGUUUCCGCACGGCAUACCCUGCUAGCAACCGCGGCAAACCAGAAUUAUCAGCGUUGUUACAAAGCUCUGAAGACCUUGGAUUCAUACUGGGCCGGAUGUCGCUAUAUCCUGACCGCUCUGGACCAAAAAGCCAGGGGUUUGAUGGAUCCUCUUCUUUUCACUGCCGAAGACGUGGACGGCGAUAUGCCCUCGACUGAACCGUCUUUCACGACGCCUGGAUGGCGGCGAAGCACUUCGCUUGCAGCUUCAUUGGGAGCCUAUAGCAAUGCUCUGCGCAGACACAUGGCUCUUUCUCCGAAAAUGGACCUGAGUCACGCAAUCGGCUGGUCGCUGACAGGGACCGCCAACUCACCGGCGCCGAAUCUUAGCUUCCUGUACCCUAAUACAGGCGGCGGAGACGAUCAUGACAUGGCUUCUACGAUGAAAUCGAGCAUACAGCCGACUUCGGCCACCCAGAUUCUGCCAAACGAAGACCAACAGAAUGUGCCCGGCCAAGAUACUAUUCUACCUAAUCUUCAACAAUUCUCUCCUAAUCUUGACCAACUGGGCCAGUACCAGCCAUCUAUGGCAGAAACGAGAAACAAAAUGCCCUCACUGCCGUAUGAUCCAGUUUCCACCGCCGAGGCGGACUUACUGCUCGGUCUGCACUCUCCCUACACCAGGAGUGUUUCGAAUCCGUCCGUCGCCGCUGCAGGCCAGACACCAAAUGCCUUUGGCUACCCUCAGCAGCAAGGUAACAUGCCAAAUAUCCAGCAGCAGCAGUACUUUGACAAUCAGGGUCAGAACUUCAACAACAUGUUCAUUGAGACGCAGGAUAUCGACAUGAGCGGACAGCAAUUGAAUUUCAACUUUCCAGGUGGUGAUAUGAUACCCUGGCUUGAGUACUUACCUCAGGAUGUGUUGAACUAUUUCGGUGAUCCACAGGCUGAUGCAGAAGGGUUUCUGCAACCUGGGUGAACUGCUGAAGAUGCUAUUGCAUGCUGUCUGCCAAGUCCGGAGACCACUUUCCGAGACCAUCUCCAGCAGGAGUUGUGUCUCAUCGCACUAUGUAUAUCGGUAAACCCUAACCCCAAGAGCACUCUCCCACCCAAGGUACAAACCGUUGACUACUACGGCGAUCCCUCGACCGCCGAUACACUGUGCUCAAGAGUCCAUGUCCUCGGAGUCCACUGCGAGAGUUGGGCGAGCGGGCAGUAAAGUCCGGGGUGUCUGUGGCUGCACCACAGAGAGAUGUUGUGUACAGUACACUGUACCAAAUCAGGUGGCCAAACGACCCUCGUCCUGAGGGCAUUGUCACCGGACUGGAAGCACAUUGGAGGCACGAUCGGUUGCAGCCCGGCAGACAUUGAAGCAUGUCAUCACUUUACGGUAGACCUUAGACGGAAACACAUCCCAUUGGCAUCUGUCUUGCGAUCCCUGCAACAAUGGGUGUGCACAAUAUCCAUAUACAUAUCUAUAUCAUCAACCCGGCGCAGAUGCUUUCGACUUCGCCAGUCUUGGCCGUGCUUGUUCGAUCGACCAAGCCGGCAGAAACCGAACAGCCUUCCGCCGAGCCCUCAAUUUGGCCAGGCAAGUUUCAACGCUCCACCGAUGGUCCAACCCUUCAGCAAUGUGCGUCAGGACAGAGUCAUGAAACAGUAUGAUUGUUUUAAACUUGCAGAACAUCAUGGACAACCCCAACCACAGCGGAUACUCUGGACCUUCAUCGAGAUCGGAGCUUCAGGAGAUGGUGGCACGUCGAGAAAAUAGCUAGCACAGCACCCUAAGAUUCGCAGUUUGUAUGCUGCAUCAUUGUUCACCGAUAUCUAUCCUGUGCCUAAUAAAUAGGUUGGAUCUCAGCAAGAGAACCUUCCUCAGGAAACCCCAAGCAUCUGGUGGUACGUUACUAUAACGGAGUCCCGUUCUUUGGCACCCACGAGUUCUCAAUUUCGUCUGCCACUUCCAUCUAAUUGACAACUUCCUCCGACACUUCUACCUUAUUCUCAACUUCGGAUUAUUAACUGCCUCUGCCGCCUCCAUACAACUUGUUUACCUUCUUGGACCUCAUCUCAACUUUAGUUGUCUCCGCAAACAUCACUCACGACGGCGCCAAUUGUCACCAUCAAGUUCAAUUCGUCCUCGACUUCAGUUCGACUCUGCAACUUAAACAUCUUCCCAGCACAUCAAGUCGGAAAUCUAAGUCUUAAGUUGAGGUAUCCUACCCUUCAGCAUAAUGUCAGUGAGGAACUUAAGAAGUACAUGGCGAUUCGCUUUGCUUGUUACAUAGUCU